AUGGCAUUAGGAAUCAAGAAGUUGAAAGUUUAUAGGGAUUCAUCAAUCGUAAUCUGUCAAACUCAAGGGAAAUGGAAAAUGAAAGAUGAAAAGCUGAAACCUUAUCAGGAAAAAUUGGAAGGGAUAUUCAAGAAUUUUGAAGAAAUCACAUUUGAAUAUUUACCAAGAGUCCACAAUAGAUUUGUAGAUGCUUUGGCCACCCUCGCCUCAAUGGUUGAAUGCAGCUCAGAUACCCAGAUCCGAACAUUUAUGGUAGAAAAAAGAUUUGAACCGGCGUAUGAAGAAUCAGUAAAUGUCUUAAUAGCUGAUGGAAAAAUAUGGUUCACACCCAUAAUUGACUUCAUCAGAGAAAGGAGGUAUCCUGAAUGUUUCACAAUGGGUGAAAAGAAGCGGCUACGAAAGUAUGCCACACAAUUCAUGCUCCAACGAGACUUGUUGUACAAAAAAUCUUACGAGGCAUACAACUGCUCUGUGUAA